GGAAAAAAGAAAGGCAAGGGAAGGAGAGCAAGUCAAUUGUGACCUAUCCUUUACGGCUUCCGCCACAUCCAAGUGCCGUUAAACUAAAGGGAAAAAGAAUAAAAAAUGGCAGCUUCAGCCGUGGCAAGCGGUCUCUGUUGCUCCACGCUAAAUCUCAGCCGACUAAAUACCACUUCAAAGCUCAAGGGCUCCGUAAAGUUUCUCAUCGACGCCAACAAGCGCUCCUCAACUACCUUGUUUCAACGCUCAUUUCUCAUUCGCGCUGUUGACUCCCAAACAGAAGAAGAAAAUCCAAGCUUGGAUGAAUCCAACGCUGCUUUCAUCUCUCAGCAAGAUUGGAAUUAUCUUUGGCAAUUAGGAGCUGGUUCUGCUGUUGGUGCAGCUAUAAUAAAGUAUGGAAGCAUCCUUUUUCCUGAGAUCACCAGACCAAACAUCUUUCAGGCUUUGGUCAUGAUAUCAACACCAGUUAUUAUUGCUGUUUUGUUGUUGAUGAGGCAAAGUCGUGUUAAGCAAUGAAGCCAGAGAGCUGUGUAUAAUCCUUUGUGUAUUCUGUUGGUUCUAGAGAACUUCUAUUAACAUUUAAUCAGUUCAGUUGCCAAUGAAUUUCUGAAGUUUGUGAUUGAAUUUGUUCUGUACGUAAGAGUGAUACAUGAAGAACUCAAAUGUGCUUGCAAAUAUAUUAGAAGUUGCUGUAGGUACCAGCCACUUUUUAAAGAUUCAUUUGGUACUUUGUGGUUAUUUGGUGUGUUUAUUUGUUGAGUUCCUUCUAUGGUGAUUAAA